GCUCGUCGGUCUGGCACAGUUUGCUGUCGCAAAGAAGACGUACCAUACGGCACUGUUGUAUCUGAAUGCGACAUACGACAGUACAACAAAUGUCGCUCUGACUCUUUCGACACCUUACAAAUUGGUUGAUCAAUCCUGUACAUUGGUUCCAAAUGCCCCUCCCCAAGCAAACACAUACGACGUGAAAGAUUGCCCAUCUGUCCUAAAUUCACAGCUUGGAAUAAGCAUGAGCGGCCUGAGAUUCGCCGUCGAUAACGAUACUGACACCACCCCGGUGAUUGUCCUCCAGUCCUAUGGUAAGAUGCAGGAAGGCUACGCUGCCAUUGAAGACGCACAUCUUGGGACGGAGUAUUACGUCGGCACGUAUUGCAGCAUGGGAGGCUACUGUCAGUUCGCCGUCACUCCCGUUUACAACGACACGAAUGUUACCGUGUACCUGCCCGACGGGAAAAACGAAACGCUCAAGUGCAAUACCAAUGCCGCAAACCACUUCGGCGUCCCAGUGACGUUGAACGAGCUGGAAGUUCUUCGGAUCGAGUCUACGCAAGACCUCAGCGGAACACGAAUCGUCGCUAGUAAGAACAUCGCCGUGUUUGUUGGGACUAGACACAUCCAGUCUUCGUUUAUGAUCGAACAAAUUCCGCCAGUGAACAAAUGGGGAACAACGUUCGUCUUUGCACCGAACCCGAGAAAUAACGCUGGAGAUUUGAUGAAAAUAAUCACAAAAUCAGUUGAUACGGAAGUAUCAAUAGCCGGUUUCUCAUCGUUUAUUAUACCAAAAACGAUUGCAUCGGUUGAAAGACGGAUCGACUGGGGAAUGAACAGCGUUGUGCGAACAAGUAGACCGGUUCUCGUUCUGCAUAUCAUGUCGGUCAACCUGUACAACGGGACAGGCAACGUGGUGGGUUUGCCAUCGAUGGUGUUGGUACCGGAUAAGAACCACUGGAUCACGUCAGGCAAAGACUGUGAUCGUACCGCAGCCUGGGCCGGCGACAAUAUUGACAACAAUUGCGAUGGUCGCGUGGACGAGGACACAUGCACGGAGUUAGACAAACGACUGGUCGUGAAUACUGCAUAUAAAGAAGCGACUUCCAAUGUAACAUCUGUCAAUAUCGAGGGUGUCAAAUUGAUACCAGUUACCGUUGAACUUCUCAACAACCACAGCGUAGCCGUCAUAAAACUUCACAGAGGCGCGUUGUCCACAGAGGACACUGUUAUCAUGGUGACUCCGUUGCAAAUAAUGGUGUCGUCAUGUAACAUGAGUAAGUGCAACGAUACUAACAUAACACAAGCAUCGAACAACGGGCCUCUUCUUAAAAUACAAAUGCAAAUACAUGUACAGAUACAGAGCGACUCGAACUAUAUUCACAUUACAUGGCCAUAUUCCCCAGCUUUUUCUAAGGACACAAUAACACAGGAGCCAACUGAAAUGACCCUGUAUUCGGCAACAGGCGGGGCCAAAUUCAUGCUAGAGUUGAUGUCGGAAGACUGUGGGAAAAUCAAUACUGGUGCGACAGGCCAACAGCUAGACAGUAAGGGACUGCGGUUUGUGUCCCCUCCACAAAACACACGUUCGUUCAAAAUAUUGGCCAAUGAUAAAGAUGCAAAUGUGACAUUCUUCACUUUAGACGGCGUGACACUAAAGAAUGAAAAAAACCUGAUAGUGAACGCUGGCGCAUAUGAGGAGUAUCAAAAUCUCUUGUCAAACACAUGGUUUCCAUAG